AUGCUGCCGGCGGUAGAAACGGCGGUAGGAAUUGACUUAGGUACCACCUACUCCUGCGUUGGCGUGUUCCGUGACGAUCAGUUUGAAGUCAUCGCGAAUGACCAGGGAAACCGUUUCACCCCCUCGCUUGUCGCCUUCACCGACAGUGAGUGCCAUGUAGGCGAUGCUGCGGACAUCCAAGUCCCGCCGCAGAAUAGGCUUUUCGAUGCUAAGCGUCUCAUCGGCCGACGUUUUCGCGAUCCCGAUGUUCAGGCUGAUAUGAAAUAUUGGCCUUUCACAGUCGUCGACAAAGGGUCAAAUAUUGCCGUAGAGGUUUGUCCCAAAGGCGAGAUCAAGCACUUUACGCCCGAAGAGAUCACCUCCAUAAUCCUCACCAAGAUUCGUGAAACCGCGGAGGCUUACCUCGGUGAAGCUGUCACUAGCGCCGUGAUUACAGUCCCGGCAAAUUUCAACGAUUCCCAACGCCAAGCGACCAAGGACGCCGGGCGCAUUGCUGGUCUCAAUGUCCUCCGAAUUAUGAACGAGACGACCGCCGCAGCCAUCGCCUAUGGCCUUCACAAGAAGGUAGAUGGGGAGCACCACGUCUUGGUUUUUGACCUUGGUGGUGGGACUUGCGAUGUUUCUCUGUUGGCGAUCGAAGAGGGCGUCUUCCAAGUCAAAGCUACCGCUGGGGACUCUCAUCUUGGAGGCGGCGACUUCGACAGUCUUCUUGUCAACCACUUUGCCAGCGAGUUUCAAAGCAAGCAUAGCAGAGACCUGACCAACAACCCCUGGGCCCUACGGCAACUCCGCGCGGCUUGUGAGCGUGCCAAAAGAACAUUAUCAUUUAAACUCGAGGCGCACAUCGAGAUCGAUUGCCUUUUCGGGGGGAUUGAUUUCACCACCUCCAUCACGCGUAGCGGGUUUGAAGAUCUCUGUCACGAUUUAUUCCGCCGUACUAUGGAUCUAGUCGAGCGAGUCCUACGGGAAGCUAAAUUUGACAAAUCCUCCAUCCAUGACAUUGUCAUGGUCGGCGGCUCCACGCGGAUUCCCAAGGUUCAAGCCCUUGUCUCCGAAUUCUUCCCAGAAGCUACGAACAGCUCUGUGAAUCCUGAUGAGGCAGUCACGUACGGUGCUGCUGUCCAGGCUGCCAUUCUCUCGCGAGAUACCUCCUCCAACUCCACGAGGGAAAUUUUGCUAAUUGAUGUCGCCCCAGUGUCCCUCAGUGUUCAAAUACCGGGCGGUGUCAUAACCCCUCUCAUCGAGCGCAACACUACUAUCCCCACUACGAAAACCGAGAUUAUCUCGACCUAUCUCGACAACCAGGGCGAAAUUUUAAUCCAGGUAUUUGAGGACGAGCGGGCCUGCACCGGCGGCAACAACUUGCUCGGCAAAUUCGAACUCAGCGGUAUACCCCCGGCUUUACGGGGUGUGCCCCAAAUCGAAGUCACUUUCGAGAUGGAUGCCAAUGGUAUCAUGAAAGUCUCCGCAGUCGAGCAACACUCCAGUAAAAAUGUCACCGUCUCUAACGACAAAAGCCGUCUCUCUAAGGAGGAGAUUGAGCGGAAAAAUGAGGCUGAAAACGUCCGUAUUCAAGCCAAAGAGUGCCUCGAGUCUUGCGCUUACACUGACAACAAUAGCGUCAAUGAGGGCAAGCGUCUUAUGUCCGACGAGAAAAGAGAAUAA